CAUUGAUUCCCUUCAUACACACACACAUCUCCAGUGAAGUGGGUUGAUACUGUGAUAGUUACAUGAGAGCAGUACUCAUUGGCCAUGUACUGCACCAUAAAUGAAGAGUGAAAUGUGUUAUAAUAUUUUGUGUGAAGUUAAUAUUAAUCAAAUCAGUCAGAUCGUAGAACAAGUCAUUAGCUUUGAUGGAAUCUCAUAAAAGUACUUGUUUAAUAUCUUCUGUUGAAGAAUGUGCAAAUAAUUUUGAAAAGAACUUCAGCAACUUUCCAUUUGGUUUGGAAGUGCUAGCCAUAUAUGAUGGGGAUGAACACCAGAAGUUUAUGGAACGUCUGGAUGCUCGAAUCAAAAGCCAUGACAAAGACAUAGAACGUAUGUGUAAUUUCCAUUAUCAGGGAUUUAUUGAUUCCAUAAGAGAACUUCUUCAAGUCAGGUCCCAAGCCAAAAAGUUAAAUAGUGAGGUAGUUGAAAUUGAUCGAGAAUUGCAGACCUCAGCAGCUAAUGUUUUGGUGAAAGGAGAGGAGCUCGUUCAAGCUCGGAAAGUGGAGAGCAAUAUAGCUUCAGCAAUUGAUAACCUGUCAUCAUGCCUUCCUGUCCUCACAACUUAUGCCAAACUCCAGCUACAAAUGAAAGAGAAACGGUAUUAUCCAGCUCUAAAGACCCUGGAGCAGUUGGAGCACUUGUACUUGCCUAGAGUUGCAAAUUAUCGGUUUUCACAUCAGAUGAAGGAGAACAUACCAAAGAUGAGAGAAAACAUAAAGGAGGCUUCAAUGUCAGAUUUGAAGGACUUUUUGGAAAACAUCCGAAAAUUCUCACCAAAAAUUGGAGAGGUAGCGAUGAGGCAUACAGCUGAACAAUUGGGCAGUGAUCCAGGUGUCAUUGGCAGAAAGAAGAGGCAGGCGCCACCACCACCAAAUCCAUUUACUGGCGAAAUAGACUAUGAGCAACCUGCCGAAAGUACAUAUGAUGCUGAGGAGGAUUUGAGUGCGCAAGAUCUUAUUGAUUUUUCUCCUGUCUACCGUUGCUUGCAUAUUUACACAGUGUUGGGUUCAAGGGAGACUUUUGAGACAUACUACAGAAAACAAAGGAAAAAACAGGCACGCCUUGUUCUUCAGCCACCUACAAACAUGCAUGAGACUAUUGCUGGAUAUCGAGCCUACAUACAUGGGAUUGUAGGUUUCUUUGUAGUUGAGGAUCAUGUAUUGAAUACAGGGAAUGGUUUAGUGAACCGAACCUACUUGGAUGAAGUCUGGAGUAUGGCCUUGUCUAAAAUAGUUAAUGCCUUACGAACACAUUCGGCCUAUUGUACAGAUGCAACUCUCAUGCUCAAGAUAAAGAAUUUGAUUAUGUUAUUCAAUACCACCCUCAGGAACUAUGGCUACUCAGUGAAUCAAUUGUUUGACUUGUUACAUGAAAUCCGAGACCAUUACAAUGAGGUGCUAAUGCAGCGCUGGGUUCAGGUGUUCAGGGAAAUACUUGAUGAGGAAAGCUUUCUCCCUAUACAGGUUUCAUCCCAGGCAGAGUAUGACAAUGUUGUGGAGUCAUUUCCAUUUCAUGACCAAGCUCUGGAGCUUACACCUUUUCCUAAGCGAUUUCCAUUUUCACCAUUAGUUCCAAAGGUGUAUCAGCAGGUUAAAGAAUUUAUCUAUGCCUGCCUGAAGUUUUCAGAAGAUCUCAGUCUAAGUCAAGAGGAGGUGGAUGAUAUGAUCAGAAAGUCAACCAACUUGCUUCUGACAAGAUCAUUCAGUGGUUGCCUUUCCUCUUUGUUUCGUAAGCCAAGUCUAGCCCUUCUUCAAGUAAUACAGAUUAUAAUAGAUACUGGUUAUCUUGAAGAGGCUACAGUCUACUUGGAGGAGUUCGUAUCCAAUAUCACAGGUGCUCCAAAAGAGAGUCACAUGGUUUCACGUAACCAAGGUCAGUCAUCAAUGUUUCGUGUUGCUCGUGAUGAUGCAGAGCGUCAGAUAUGUGACAAGCUAAAGUGUAAAUUAGAUGAGUUCUUGGAACUAGAAAACUAUGACUGGCUGCUAGUGGAGCCAAAAGGGCAUGCUUCCAGCUUCAUCACCGACCUCAUUGCUUUUCUACAGAGCAUAUUUCUUUCCUUCACUAAUUUGCCUCCAGAAGUAGCCCAAGAAGCUUGCAAAUCGGCAUGUGACCACAUUGCAAAGUCUGUUUUGGGUUUUAUGUUGAGUGAAGAUGUGAAACAAAUUUCAAUGGGAGCCCUACAGCAAGUCAAUUUGGAUACCAUUCAGUGUGAACAAUUUGCAGCUUCAGAGCCUGUAGCAGGACUUGAAGAAGGCACUCUGUUGCAUUAUUUUGCGGACCUGCGUCAGUUGUUGGAUCUGUUUAUGACAUGGGACUGGCCAACAUAUUUUCAUGACUAUGGUCAGGAAAACAGCAAGUACCAGCAGGUUAACCCUAACACAGCCAUCAUUUUGCUGGAGAAGUUACGUGAAGCAGACAAGAAAAAUGUUUUCUCAGUGCUGAAGAAGAGCGAACGAGACAAAAAGAAACUUUUGGAAACAGUCCUGAAACAAUUACGCCAGUUGGCUCUCACAGCACAGCAGCAAUGAAUGAUACUCUUGUGGUAAGUUCAGGGCCAGUUUGACUGUUCUGCAGCAAUGCAGUACCAUUACUAUAUUUAUACUUCAGUUGUUGUAGUAACUGUACAUGGGAAAUAAAUUUAAUAUUUUGCCAUUGUAGCAUAA